UCAUUUUUCAUUGCACAUGGUAGUUUGCACUCUUGAACGAGGAGAAUGAACAGGAUCUGUGUGCACAUCUCAUGAUCUCUGUGAUAGAGAUCAACUCCAGGAGAAGGAAUGGACGAUCAGAAAUCAAACUGCGAAGAAAAUGAUUCUGAGACGGCAGCUGAUGACAGCACUCCUCCAAAUGCGACUGUCCUGUCCGAGGGAGAGCAGAACGCCCCUCCCGCUGCAGAAGACAUCUCAGGCACCGCUGUGGACACCCCAAGUGCCCCCACAGUGGAAAGCAUGAAGGCCUGUGCGCUCUGUAACUGUGUGGAGCGCAGCUUGCAUGGGCAGCGGGAACUCCGCUGUUUCGGGCCCUUCUCAGACCUGCUCAAUCUGGAGCUGUCUGCCACCUCAGUACCAGAAGCUGGAAAUGAUGACUUGUCUUCCAUAGGGUUCUCUGAAUCCACCUGUGUAGCAGCACUCUUGGAUAACACAGGGAGCUGCUGGGUUCACCAUUGGUGUGCAGUGUGGUCAGAGGGGGUAGAACGGGCUGAGGAUGAGCAGCUGAAAAAUGUGGACAAAGCGGUCAUCUCAGGGAUACAGCGGCCCUGUGACUAUUGUAAAAGGUUGGGUGCAACCAUCCGGUGUCGAGCGGAGGGCUGCUCACGAUUCUAUCACUUUCCUUGUUCAGCCGCUAGUGGAUCAUUCCAGUCUAUGAAGCAUUUGGCCCUGCUUUGUCCGGAACACAUUGACAGGGCCGAGGAGAUAGCGGGAGAGGAGGCAAGGUGUGGUGUUUGCGACUCUGCAGGGGAGCUGUCAGGGUUGCUGUACUGUACAGGCUGUGGACAGCACUACCAUGAUGCCUGUCUGGAGAUCAGUGCUACUCCACUACAGCGGUCAGGCUGGCAGUGCCCAGAGUGCAAGGUCUGCCAGAACUGCAGGCAACCAGGUGAAGACUCCAAGAUGCUUGUGUGUGAUGCAUGUGACAAGGGCUACCACACAUUUUGUCUUCAGCCAGCUAUGGAUUCAGUGCCGCCAGAUUCCUGGAAGUGCAGGCGAUGUCGAGUGUGCAGUGACUGCGGGGUACGCAGUCUUACGCUACCCUGCUCGACACAGUGGUUUGAGAGCUACACUGUGUGUGAGAGCUGCCAGCGUCGCCGUACCUCUGUGUGUGGCGUAUGCAGCAAGGCCACUGAGCCUGCUGUCUGUCUGCAGCACCGCUGUAGCAACUGCCUCAGAUGGGUACAUAGUGAGUGUGCAGCUCUGUGUGGGUCUCCUGAAGAGAAAUGUAUCUGCAUACUUUGCAAAGAAUCACCAGCAGAGGUCACUGCAGAGCCUGAAGUACCACCAACAAAUACUGAUGAGGAAGUUCACAUGGAGGUGCCAAUGGAAAUAGGAACAGAGCCUGAAGUUGUGGGAGCCACAGAGGUGGAAGAAAGCAUUAUGGAAGAAGAACCAAAGUUGGAAGCAACUGAGGCCCUUGCAGAGCCUCAACAGGAAAGCAAAGUCUCUAUGGACUCAAGGACUUCCAUAGCUGAGAUAUCAGUAGGGAGUAGACCCCUAGAGGAGGAAGUCGAUUGUGUAGCUGCUGCUGGAGAUGAGGCAAGAGCAGAGGACGGUGAGACCCAGUUGGCUAAGGACAGUCCAGACAGUCCUGUCCCUGACACUAUGGCAGAAACCCAACUUAAUGUAGCAGAGACCCAGACGGAAGGACACACUGAGCCACAGGUGGGAGACAACCCUCUUCACCCGGAGGAGCAGAAGAGCAGCGGCGAAGACGGCACUACAGAGCUCUCGGAGCAAGCCUCACUUCCUCAUCCACCCUCUCCUCCUUUGGUCUCCGAGGAGGCAGAAGCAGAGGUGGGUAUCGAGCCUGAGGUGGUUGCUAUGGAUACAACGGAGGCUGGGUCUGAGGGCCAGAAAGAGGAAGCAUUAGAUAGGACUUUGUCUCCCACCUUUCAGGCUCAGUUACCCCAUUCCUCAGACAUGGAGGAUAGAGCUCACCAGUCAGAGGAUGAGGAGCAAGAGGAGGAGCAAGGAGUAGAAGAGGCCCUAGAAGAGUCACUUGACAAGGAGGACUGUCAGGGUGGUGAUGUCCAGGUGAAGCAGGAGAGUGAAGCCCAAUGUUCUGGCUCUAAACCAGAGCUGCUCUUGGACGAGACGUCUAACAUGAGUCACGGUGACGAGAGCAGCAGCGGUUUCCUCGGCUCACCGGCAGAAGCCGACUCCCAGAUGAUGUCCAUGGAGUUAGUGCCGACCAGCAGGGCGCGCUCUGACUCUCUUCUUACAGAAACUGAUGACUCUCUUCCUUUUGACCCACUCAAACCGGAUGGAGAGAAAGUGAAGCGUCGGGGCUCUCCAGGCCGCUCCAGAGUCAAACAAGGCCGGGGAAACGGUUUCCCAGGGAAACGGCGACCUCGUGGUGGUGGUAGUGGACGGGGCCGUGGGAGAUCACGUUUAAAAGCCAUGGCCUCCUGCAUCGAUGCCUUCUUACUAAGCAUGACAACAGACACUGGACUCAGCAAAGAGGAGGACGAGGAGGAAGACGACACCAUGCAGAAUACCGUGGUGCUCUUCUCCAACACUGAUAAAUUUGUCCUGUUGCAGGACAUGUGUGUAGUGUGUGGCAGCUUUGGACGCGGUGUGGAAGGUCAGCUGUUGGCUUGUGCUCAGUGUGCUCAGUGUUACCAUCCAUACUGUGUCAAUAGCAAGAUCACUAAGGUGAUGUUGAGGAAGGGGUGGCGCUGUCUGGAAUGUAUUGUUUGUGAAGUGUGUGGGAAGGCCUCGGACCCAUCCCGACUGCUGCUGUGUGACGACUGUGACGUCAGCUAUCACACCUACUGUUUAGACCCGCCCUUACACACCGUGCCCAAGGGAGGCUGGAAGUGCAAAUGGUGUGUUUGCUGCAUGCAGUGUGGAUCCAGGUCGCCAGGGUUUCACUGUGAGUGGCAGAAUAACUACACUCACUGUGGCCCAUGUGCCAGCCUGGUUACAUGUCCUGUAUGCCGUGAGAACUUCAUGGAGGAGGAGCUGCUUCUGCAGUGCCAGCACUGUGACAGAUGGGUCCAUGCUGUAUGUGAGAGUCUGUACACUGAGGAUGAGGUUGAACAGGCAUCUGACGAGGGCUUUGCUUGCACAGCUUGCACUCCAUAUGUCCCUAAACCUGUUGUGGAGUCUCCGAUGAUGGCAGUACUGAAAGUAAAAGAACCAGAGCCACAGUUUUACCGUUUGGAGGGUGUCUGGCUGACUGAGACAGGCAUGUCCCUGCUGCGUAGCAUUUCCAUGUCACCACUGCAUAAGCGCAAGCAGCGCCGUCCCCGCUUGGGCACAAUGUCUGGAGAUGGAGGCUCAGAGAGCCUGGAACUGAAAGAGGGUGAUGGAGAUGGAGAGGAGGGCAAAGGUUGUGCUGAGCCAAUGGAAUGUGAGCACAAACAGGAGGGCCCAGGGAGCCCAGAAAGAGAAGGGGGUGCAGGGAAGGAAGUAGGAGCAGAGGGAGGUGCAGAGGGCAUGGCAGACUCAGAGGGUCUGAAAGGAGGAGUUGAGGAAACGGAUGAGGGGAAGAAAAGAAAGAGAAAACCUUAUAGACCAGGGAUUGGAGGUUUUAUGGUUCGACAGAGGAAAUGCCAUACCCGUAUGAGGAAAGGCCAAAUUUCUGGUGAAGGUGCAGCUGAUGGAAAGAUGGAGACAAAACUUGAAGAAGGUCCCCACCCAGAUACGCCUCUGGAUGGACCACCUGAUGUGAAGCCAACAGAGGGGGAGGGGGAGCAGGCCAAAAAGCGUAGGGGCAGAAAGAAGAGCAAGUUGGAAGACAUGUUUCCUGCAUACCUACAGGAGGCUUUUUUUGGUAAAACUUUGCUGGACCUCAGUAAGAAGGCUGUCAUGGCCCCUCCAGCUCAGAGGCACACCCAGGGCCUCCUGAGACCCCCACUGACUGGACCAGGAGUCCGACCUGCAGUCUCAGAGCCAUCUGAGACGAAAGACAGGGUAACUGGAGCCCCCCUGCAGCUGAAACAAGAGGGUGGUGAUGUAUCUAAGCCUACGGUUGAAGGAGCAGUAGAGGCAGGAGGUAAUGGCCAGAUUUCUUCAGUCAAAGAUCAACAUUUGGCUGAAACACAAGGCUUUGAUGCACAGAAGAGCGAAGGUCUUCCACAGGGGAUAGAAAGUCAGGACUCCGAGCAGUUCUUCCGGAAAGUGCUUGGGGAUUCAGAGGGGUCCGCUUUGGGUGGGGCACUACAAGUUAGUGUGAGGCCUAUUCUUGAGGGCAGUACAGGAGAAUUGAACCGUAGUGGUCUGCCUCAGAGAAACCUUCUUCCAGGUGCUUCCUUAUCUGGCUCUUUACCUUCAGCUGGAGUAAUGGACUCUUUCCCAGGACUCUCACAGUCUCCAUUUUUUGACAUGCGGGAUCGAUCUGGUCUGUUCACCCCAGACCAGGGUGAGGAGAGCCCUUGGGCAACACCGUCAACUCCAGCCACCCCUUCUACUCCUCCAACACCCACUGAGCAAGAGGGUGAUGGCCUCUCGUACAACCAGCGCAGUCUUCAACGUUGGGAAAAGGAUGAGGAGCUGGGAGACUUGUCCACCAUCUCUCCUGUGCUCUAUGCUAAUAUCAACUUCCCCAGCCUAAAACAAGACUACCCAGAUUGGUCAAGUCGAUGCAAACAGAUAAUGAAGAUCUGGAGAAAAGUGUCAGCUACUGAUAAGGCCCCUUAUUUGCAAAAGGCCAAAGAUAACAGAGCUGCUCAAAGGAUCAACAAGGCACAGAAACAGGCAGAAAGUCAGGUUUGCAGGCCUGUGAAGACUGAGGGUAACCGUGUGAAAGGAGAACGUCCCAGUCUUCACCUUCAGAUUCCCCCACCCUCGGGUUCCCUCUCCACAUCAUCUCAACCUAGCUCUGCAGAGAGCCCCUUCCCUUUCCCCCCCGAUUCUGGUUCCUCAGUUUUUUUCCCUGAUGGGCCAAUGAAAACUCCUAGCUCUGCAGAUGCUCGAACUGACCCCUUUGCCAAGCUUCCUUCCCAGUCCCCACACCCUCACUCUCAUCCUUCCACCCCAUACUCACAGCCUUCCUCUAGCCCCCUGCAGGCCGCCUCCUCAGGUUAUCCAUUAACGGGCCCUCAGGGUGCUCCUGGACGGCCAACUAGCCUUGGUCCCGUUGACAUCCAGGCGGGGACCCCUGGAACACCCCGCAGGGCUCAGCAAGUUGACCCCUUUUUUAGACCUCAGCAAGGCCACCCGCCCCAGGCUCAGCCUGCCUCUCAGGACCUUUUAGGUCCACCUGAGAGUCCUCGCACCCGAGGCAGUGGGCCUGGAGACUCUCCCCUGUUCUCCCCACCACACACCACUCACUAUGGAGACCCCUUCCGUGGUCAGCAAGGGGUUGGCCGUCAAGAAUAUGCUUCAUCACCAUCGCCCUCUGCUUUAGCCUCCUCACCUGCUGGGGUUGGACAAUAUAGAGGAGAUAUGAGUGCCCCUUCUCCACGUUCCUCUGUUGGUCGACAGGAACUGGGCACUGGCUCCCCUGCCGGAAUGCUUGAUUCAGGAGAUGGGUUGUUCAAAGCUCCUCUGACUCCACGCAUGCACCAGGGGGACACUGGGAAUGCACCUGCUUUACUCCCUCCUGGUGCUUCCCCUAGUCAUCCCUCUGAGGGCUACCGGCAGUCUCCCUCUACCACAUUACCAGAUCCCUAUGCCCAGCCUCCUCUCACACCUCGACCACAGUCAGGCGACAGCUGCUCACCGUUGCCCCAGAGGCUUCCUGUACCUCAGCAAGAGUCUUACCCAAGAGUACCCUCAAGUCCCCAGUCACAGGGCAGUUCUCAAUCUCCUCUCACUCCAGGAGCUCUCUCAAAUGAUGCCCUUUCUGUGCAGUCACCAGCAACCCCACGUUUUCAGUCUCCUGACCCAUAUUCUCGACCACCUUCUAGACCUCAGUCCAGAGAUCCCUUUGCUGCUGUGCACAAACCAGCUCGUCCAGGCCCAGCAGUUCCGGAAGGUAACCCUACUUUCAGAGGUUCACCUCACCCUAGCCAGCAGCAAGCUAUCCUACCUGGUUCUCCCUCUGUUGGGGAUCCUCUCUCUGGAAAGCCCCCUGGACCACCAGGUUUUAAUCGUAGCCCUAGCAUGGGCGCACUUACAAUAAAUCAGCAGCAAGUGAUGACUCCUCCACAAGCUCAGGCUCAGCUCCAGCAGCCACAACCCCAGACACAGACCAUGGGAACAGAUUUCCACACCCGAAUGCCACCUCCUGUCGGUGCGCAGGACAGUGCUUCUGUAAGGCCACAAGAUACACAUGCACCACCAAUGCGUGGUACCCAGGAAAUACCAGACCUUUCUGCAGGUCAGGACCAAGCACUUGUUGGCCUGAGUCCAUCAGAGCUGGAAAAGCACAGACAGAAACAGAGACUGAGAGACUUUCUAAUGAAGCAGAAAUUGCAGCGAACCACACUUCGUCAAGAGAAGGAAACUUCAGCAGCUGGUGCAACUGGCAGUGUUGCCCCCAGUUGGCCUGGAGCGGAGAUCCCCUACCAGCAAGACAAAAGCCAACGAGCACCACCUCCUUACCCGCAGGACAGAGCUGCUGUUAGUGCCCAGGCCAUCCCAGGUAAGAUGCCUUUACCUGUAGGAGCAAUGGAUGACAAACUCUGCCGGCCACCACCACCAGGGACACCCGCGGUUAUUGACCCUGGUGCUCUAAGGCAAGCUGGACCUAAUACUCCCCAGGGUUUGUAUCCUCGUCCUCCAUUCCCUGCCCAGUGGCAAGGCCAGCCUGUUGCUGCACGGAGAUUUACUCAACCAAAUGCUCCCAUUAACAAUCCUCUCAACAUGCAAGGGAUGCAGGGCAUGCCUGGUCAUAUUGGAAUGGUACCAGGCCCUGGAGGUGAUACGAUGCAGCCCUGUGUGUCUGGUCCUCCACCCCAGUUCAUUGAACUAAGACAUAAUGCUCAAAGGAUGCCGCUGGGACCUCAGUUUUUGCAACGGGGCCCUCCACCUCGACCUCGUCCUUUCUUACCACAACAAGAAAUGACCCCUCCUUUUGUGCAGCAGCCCUUACCUGGUCACCUUAAUGCUCAGACAGAGGGUGUGCGUGAUCCCAGACAAGGAUUACAGCAGGGUGGAAUGGGCGUGUAUCUGCCUCAUCAGAAUGUUGCCCCUCCAACUCAGUCCCAGCUGCAGCCCCAGGUGCCUACUGCAACAUCAGGCACACCCAGCUCAAAUACACCUCAACUCCAAGUUCCACAAAGUAAUACAGCAGGAGAGCAGCAGACAGGCCCAGUAGACUCUGUUGACUUGCCAGAGCCUGAUCUCGAGGAUCAUUUUACUUCCAAAGGGCUUGGAGAUACAGGGGCUGAACCUGGAGUGGAGGAUGAGGAUGACCUAGCCACACUUGAUUUAGAUCCUGAUAAAGGGGACGAUGACCUGGGAAACCUUGAUAAUGACCCACAUUUGGAUGACCUACUCUACAGUGAUGAAUUUGAUUUGCUGGCAUACACUGACCCUGAGCUUGACCAGGGUGACCCUAAGGAUGUGUUUUCAGACCAGUUGAGGCUGGUGGAGGCAGAAGGUGAGGGUGCAGGAUCCUCUGGCGCUUCAGACAAAAAGUCAGAAGAGAAACCUAAAGUUGGUUCUGCAGGUCAGGAAUCUCACACAGCUGCUCCAAACUCUGCCACUCUGCCACAGACCGGGGGCCCGUCUUCCACAGUCCCUCAGCCAUCAUCUGCUGAGUCCUCAGAUGCCUCAGGACCAGCCUCUCUUAAGCUGGAAGAUAAAGGCUUGACACCUGAGGCUGUGGCAGGUCUGCAACAGCAGCCAACUCAGACUGUAGUGAAAGAAGAGACAAAGGUUCCCAUCCAAUCAGAAAACACCUCUGCUUCAUUGAGCACUGUUCGAUUAGGUGGGAUCUCCUUUCCUCUUCCUAGUCAAGCUGAUCCUCUGUCUUUUCCACCAGCCACACCUCAUCCUGAUCCUCUUGGUGAGGAUCCCCUCGGACUCCCAGGGGGUCAGCACUCCCCAGCUGUAGAUCUUGACAAAGUGGAGAGCACCUUGGAAGCAAGUGAACUGCCCUUAUUGAUUCAGGACCUCCUUGAGCAUGAAAAGAAAGAGCUUCAGCAACAGCAGCAGCAACAGCAGCAGCUUAGUGCCCUCCAUCAGGGUGGGAUGAGUAGUCACCUUCACAGUCACCCUAAUCAGCAGCAAGCCCCUCAGGUGGCAGACCAGAUUUUGCUUUCCCAGCAGCAUCGUCCCCCGCUCCAGGGACUUAUGGGUCAGCCAGGCAUGGUUCCAAGACCACCUCAUAUUCUACCACCCCAGCAGCAGCAGCGGCUGCUUGGUGCAGGUGUGCCUCCAGCUCAUUUGGCUAUGGGUCAACAACAAGGCAUAAUGCGAGUUGCACAACCAGGUGGCAUGCACCCAGUCCUUAAUCCACAGCAGCCACCUCCCCAGCAAAUGAUGAAACAGCCAAUGCUGGCAAGCAACUUCUUUCCUGAUAAAGAUCUUGAUAAGUUUGUGACAGAUGACUUGAUGGACCCAAUUGCUAAAGCAAAAAUGGUGGCACUGAAAGGAAUUAAAAGGGUGCUGGAGAAGGAUCCAAUGGGAGUCCCUCCUGGAAUUAAUAGGCAACAAGUGUCUCUCUUGGCCCAGAGGCUUGUCUCUGCCCCAGGAGGUGGGGACCCACAGGCUCAGGUUCCAUCUGGAUCAUCUAAGGAAGCAGAGGGUGGUGACCAGGCACAGCAAAGGCCGAAUCCUCCCCAGUUUGUUCAAGGGAUCAUCAAUGAUGCUGAACAGCAUCAAUAUGAAGAAUGGCUUUUGCACACACAGCAGCUGCUGCAGAUGCAGUUGAAAUUCCUUGAGGAGCAGAUUGGCGCACACCGCAAGUCCCGCAAAGCGCUAUGCGCAAAGCAACGAACUGCCAAGAAAGCAGGGCGUGAAUUUGCUGAGGCAGAUGCUGAAAAGCUCAAAUUGGUCACUGAGGAGCAGAGCAAGAUACAGAAGCAGUUGGACCAGGUGAGAAAGCAACAAAAGGAGCACACCAAUCUUAUAGCCGAGUACAGAAGCAAACAACAACAACAUCAGCAAGGCUCUUCUUUGCUAGCUCCUGGUCCCUCUGCUCAGGGGCCCCGUCUGCUUUCCAAAAUGCCUGGGCAGAUGAUGAUGGGUCAACAAGGAGCACACCUAAUGGGUCAACCAGCGGGAUGCAUACCACAAGGAGGCAUGCCAGUUAGAAUGCAGCAUCCUUUUGCUGGUGCCCAGCCUUCUCACCCUGGAGCACUUGGAUCUGGAGCUGUCCCACCUGGUCCACCUGGAGGGUUCUUCCCACCGGGAACCACAGCACAGGGGCCAGAUGCUAGACUUAUAACAGAUAGACAGCUCCAGUAUAGGAUGCAGAUGGUUCAGAAACUACAGCAGCAGCAGCAGCAGCAACAGUUUAUUAUGGGACAGCAGCAAAUGCAACAUCAGACGCAGCAGCCUGGUGUUUUAGGUCAGCAGCCAGGGGCCAUGGUUGGGCAGCCACCCCAAGGUAUGAUGGGAAACCCCUUAGUGCCACAGCAACAACCAAAUCUACAAGGACUAAUAAGUAAUCAGCAGAAUCAACAAGACCUAAUGCAGCCCCCUCAAGGGAUGAUUGGAAACCAGUCUGCGACCCCGACACAACAGAAUCUUAUGGGAAGUCAGUCAAACCCUCAAACACAAAACAUAAUGCCAGGCCAGCAGAGCAUGGUUGGAAAUCAGCAGAUUGUGCAGCAAAUGCAGAGACCCCAGGUUUUAAUGGGCCAACAAGGGCCUGUUGGACCCCAGCAUGGCCUCAGAGGGCUGCAGACUCAGCUAACUCCUCAACAGCAGAGUGUCUUAGCCCAACGUAUGCUUGUGUCACAGCAACAACAAAAUGCUGCGAAGAAUCUUGCACAGCUCCAACAACAGCAGGUUUCACAACAGAGUCAACCAGCACAAAUGGGUCCUGCAGAGACGCAAGGAGGCCUGGGGACUCCUCCAUCAGGGAUCAACAGGGAUUCCUCUCAAGCUCAAGGAGGCACUGAGAAUUUGCAGCAAGUUGUACCAGGCCUUCCCCAAGAUGUUCAAACACCUGUUCCUAAAGAAGGUGGACUCCUUAGCCCAAAAACACCACCUCAGCAGGUUGGACCCCCUACCCCAAUCCAGAUGCAGCAGCAAGGAGCUGGUGGAGACCAGCAAGGAACAGUGGGACAGCAGCAGACACACAUGGCUCAACAGCAACCACAAACACCACAGCAACAACCGGUUCAAAGUGCUGCUUCAUCAGGACUUCAACAGCAUGGUUAUUUAAGCAACCAGCAAGCUAAUGCACUUCAAAUGCAACAGCAGCAGCAGCAGCAGUUGCAACUCUCUCUUCAGAGACAAAACUCCCUCAAUGCCGAAAAGAGUGGUUUAGCUCAAGUGAAACAAGAAGGGCAACAAAUGUGUUUUAUGGCACAGCAGUCACAGCCUGGAGGUCAGAAUGGGAUUGGACAGUUGCAGAACAAGAUGGGACAGACUCACACUGGUCAGAUUCAGCCAGCAAUUACAGCCCAUCCAAAUCAACAACAACAAUCCAUACUGGCCCAGCAGCAGAAACAAACCAUGAUGGGUCAGAUGGACAUGAUUAGAGGUCCACAGGCAAUGAUAUCUCAGAGGCCAGGUGCUCCUACUGGACAAAUUCGAACCCCCAUCAACAUUCAGGCAUUCAUUGCACAGAACCCUCAGCUGCGUCACCUCACCCCUAAUCAGCAGAUUCAGCAUAUCCAUGCUAUGAUUGCUCAGCGGCAGCUUCAGCAAGGUCAGAUGCUUAGGAUGCAGGGUCAGACUCAGGGCUCACAGGGGCAGCUGGUUGGGCCACGUAUGACCGGACUUGAGGCACAACAGCAGCUCCCUUAUGGACAAGGUCCAGUUGGUCCUCCACAGCAGCAAGGAGUAAGAGGACAACCUGGUCUGGUGCCUCAGUUUCAGCAGGGUGUAAUUGGAUCAUUACAGCCACAGCAGCCACUACAAGGUUCGUCUCCACAAUAUAAUGUCUCUGUUCAGCAACAGCAAGUGAUGCAGCAGCAGGCUCAACAGCAGCAGCUGAUGAGAGGCCAGAUGCCUCCAAGUCGACCAUUGAUGGGUCAGGCUCAAGCAGCACCUCAAGGUCGCAUGGUUAGACCCAUGUCUCCUCGUCAAACUUUGGGCCAGGGUUCUCCUGGGAGCCCUCUUUCCGGUCAGCAAAGACAGCUGGUUGGUAUGCAUCAAACUCCUCUGGUUCAAAGCCAGCAACAUCACCAUCUUCAGCAACAACAGCCUCAUGGAGCAAGUCCUUUCCAGGCUUCUCCUGCUCAUACAAACUCACCUGGUAGCUCUUCUGUCCAGACACAGGAAGCUGUCUCAAGCCCUGCCGCUUUAAGUAAACCUGACCCAGGCACCCCAUCUGUUUCUACUCCUAUUUUAUCGCCGUCAUCAAAAUUUGAUAACUUUGCUGGCAAAAGCAGCCCAAGUAGUCAUGCAGGAGCACCAGCAGCUUCACCAUUGAGAUCUCCAGCAGCUAAGACUCCCCUAGAUCAGUCAGGUCUUAAGUCUGAGUUACAGGGCUCUGGUAGUGAAACAGUGCAGUCAAACCUUCCUCCACCCAAUGGACCAUCUGGUCACUUGGGGAAUGUCCAGCCACCAUCAGUCUUACGGCCAGCAUCAGGAUCCAAUGAGGAAGAAAUGUGUAAGGUGUCAUUGCAGAACAUUAAGCAAGAACCACGCGAGGUACAGUGUGGCUCAGAGGGAGUUGGAGAAGCUCUUAGAGCAGUGAAGCGUGAGGUGACAGGUGAACCAGUCAGCACAAGCAAUCCCAGCUGUUUUGUCAAUGCCAUGCCUGGCUCUGGGAUUCCAACAGGAGAAACAGGGUCCCAAAUCUCUAGAGCUGAGACAGGCCAACAGUUACUGCAGAAAUUACUUCGAACUAAGAACUUACAGCUUGCAUCCCAGAAGCCCUCUGAUGGGAUACACAGUGAGAUAAACGGUCAUAUUAACAGCAAACUUGCAAUGCUGGAGCAGAAACUCCAGGAGACGCCACGGAACAUGGAGGAUUUACAGUCCAUCACAAAGAAACCUCCUGUAGUGAAAGCCAAGCGCACCACUAAGGCUGGGGAACGUGCUCCAAACUCGAGAAAGAAGACUAAAAAAGAGGAGGUUGGAAAAACCACAGAGGCCCUAAUGAAGCAACUGAAGCAGGGUCUUUCUCGUCUUCCUUUGAUGGAACCAUCCAUUACUGCUAGCCUGGAUUUGUUUGCUCCUUUUGGGAGUAGCCCAGCCAAUGGAAAGACUCAGUUGAAGGGCUCUUUUGGAAAUGCUGUACUUGACAAUAUUCCAGACUACUACUCCCAGCUCCUCACUAAGAAUAAUCUCAGCAAUCCACCAACACCUCCCUCGUCACUUCCCCCCACUCCGCCGCCUUCAGUCCAGCACAAACUGCUGAAUGGUGUGACUGCAAUUGAGGAGUUGUCAGAGGGCCAAAAAGAGACUGAGGGCUCAGAAGACACAAUGGACUCUGUUGCUGAGGAUGUAAAGAGCGUAGACAUCCUGGCAGCACUCCCCACUCCACCACACAACCAGAAUGAAGACAUUAGGAUGGAGAGUGACGAUGAUAGUGAAGCUCCUGACAGCAUAGUACCUGCAUCUUCUCCUGAGAGUCAGCUAGGAGAUGACACACUGCGCUUCCCUCUCCUACUGGAGCCUAAAGAGGAAGAGGAUGAGCGGGCCAUCUCCCCUGUCAUACCCAUCAUCCCUCGUUCUGCCAUUCCAGUUUUCCCAGAGACUAAACCCUUUGAAGCAGCAGAAGGGAAAGUGGUUGCCACGGCCAACCCCUGGGACAAAGCCAAAAGCAAUGACGUGUCUGUUACUCUGACACUCUCUGCAGCUGCAGCCAAGAAUCUGAACAGUGUCAUGGUGGCUGUUGCUCAACUCCUGCAUGUGAGAAUGCCGGGCGCCUAUGAGGUUACUUUCCCCCAGAGUCCUGGUGGAGUAGGCAGCGUUGGGCCUGGUAAAGCACCUGAUUCCACCAGUCCAGGAGCCAUUUGUGUUAAGACGGAUGGAUCUGCAAGGCAGGAUGCAGAAUGGCUGAAACAGUUUGAUGUUUCUUUGCCAGGCUGUACUCUUAAGAAGCAGGUAGACAUCCUGUCUCUGAUCAAACAGAAGAGCCCAGAGGUAGAGGAUAAGCCUCCCCAGCACUGUUAUUUGACCAACGUGUCGGAUCUGGAUGUGCGCCAUCUUCCCAUUAUCCCUGUGGAGGCAUCCCCUCCCCAGUCUCCCUCACCUCCUCCCCCUCCACCUGAACCAGAGACAUCCAUCGAACUGGAGCCCUCUAUCCAGACCAUUGACCAACCAAAAGAUGUUCCAGGUGACCCACCAUCGGAAACUCCCACCAGUCCACCAUUGGAGGCUCCCACUGAACCAUUGUCAGAGGUUCCCACCGAUCCACCGUCAGAAAUGCCUGUAGAGCCAGUAACAGUCCUUUCCACAGAUCCUCCAACGGAAGUUCAACCAGACAAACUGAAAGACAUUGCAGCUCCCUACACUUCCCCUGUUUUUCAGCACUCUCCUGCUCUAGAAAUCUCUCCCAAGCCCAUUAAGCAGCGUAGCAGGCCUUUCUCUGGGGAUGAUGAGGUGCGGCCCAAGGAAAAGAAGUGGAAAGGUUUACGCUGGAAACGCCUACAGCUGGUCAUAACCAUUCGCAAGGGUAAUUCCAAGAAGGAGAACAGCAGGGAGGUCUCUGAACUCAUGGAGCGCCUGCGCAUCACACUGCGGCCUGAUAAGCUUCCUCGGGACAAGCGCAAGUGCUGCUUUUGUCAUGAAGAGGGUGAUGGGGCCACAGAUGGCCCAGCACGCCUGCUGAACAUCGACGUUGAUCUCUGGGUGCAUCUCAACUGUGCUCUGUGGUCCACUGAGGUAUACGAGACCCAAGGUGGAGCUCUUAUUAAUGUGGAGGUAGCUCUUCGACGAGGAUUGCGCACCCGCUGUGCCUACUGCCAGAAGACCGGUGCCACCAACAGCUGCAACCGGCUGCGGUGCCCCAAUGUCUACCAUUUUGCCUGCGCCAUUCGGGCACGCUGCAUGUUCUUCAAGGACAAGACUAUGCUCUGCACCCAACACAAACUGAAAGGUCCGAGUGAGGAGGAGUUGAGUAGCUUCGCUGUCUUCCGCCGCGUCUACAUCGAACGCGAUGAGGUCAAGCAAAUUGCCAGCAUACUCCAGCGUGGUGACCGCAUUCAUAUGUUUCGCGUUGGUGGACUCAUUUUCCAUGCUGUGGGCCAGCUCCUGCCUUCUCAGAUGGCUGCCUUCCACUCACCCACUGCCAUCUACCCCGUGGGCUAUGAGGCCACACGCAUCUACUGGAGCACCCGUGUGCCAAACCGCCGUUGCCGCUACCGUUGUCGCAUCAGUGAGCAGGAUGGCAAGCCACUGUUUGAAGUACGUGUGCUGGAACAGGGUCAGGAGGACCUUCAUUACAGAGACAGCACCCCAGAUGGCAUCUGGGGCAAGGUGGUGCAACAGGUUGCCAAACUGCGUGAGGAAUCAGCUAUGCUGAAGCUCUUUACUGAGCAUGUGAAGGGGGAGGAGAUGUAUGGACUGACUCUCCACGCUGUGUUGCGCAUCACUGAGUCGCUUCCUGGAGUUGAGAACUGCCAAAACUACGUGUUUAGAUAUGGCCGUCACCCUCUUAUGGAGCUGCCUCUCAUGAUUAAUCCUACUGGCUGUGCACGAUCAGAACCCAAAAUACUUACACACUGUAAAAGACCUCAUACUUUGAACAGCACAAGCAUGUCCAAAGCCUACCAGAGCACUUUUACAGGUGAGAUCAACACCCCCUACAGUAAGCAGUUUGUCCACUCCAAAUCUUCCCAGUACCGGCGUUUGAAAACCGAGUGGAAGAACAAUGUUUACCUGGCCCGGUCCCGGAUCCAGGGACUGGGUCUGUAUGCUGCAAAAGACCUGGAGAAACACACCAUGGUCAUCGAGUACAUUGGCACCAUUAUUCGCAACGAAGUGGCAAACCGCCGGGAGAAGAUCUAUGAGGAGCAGAAUCGUGGGAUUUACAUGUUCCGCAUCAAUAACGAACACGUCAUAGAUGCCACUCUGACUGGUGGUCCGGCCCGCUACGUCAAUCAUUCAUGUGCUCCCAACUGUGUUGCGGAAGUUGUGACUUUUGACAAAGAGGACAAGAUCAUCAUCAUUUCUAGUCGCAGAAUACCUAAGGGCGAGGAGCUGACCUAUGAUUAUCAGUUUGACUUCGAGGAUGAUCAGCACAAGAUCCCCUGCCACUGUGGAGCCUGGAAUUGCCGAAAGUGGAUGAACUAAAGGGGGGAUGGGAGAGAGAGAGCAAACAAAAAAAACCCACUCUUCUCCCUGGUACCAGAACACUCCUGCGCCAAAGCCUGUUAAAAAUCCUACUACCCAGUUCAUAAGCUGUCCUGAAACGAGAGGAGGAAAAGAAGUUUACUUUUUAACUCAAUGAAAGACAAGACUUCGAAUUCACAUCAGGAGCCAAAGCGUUGACGUGAGUAAACUUUUUGAAACUACCACCGCUUCGUAAGACCUCACAGGUGGUGGACAUGCUUGAAUUUUUUUUUUUUUUCCUUUGUGGAUAAAACUCUCCUCUGCCAAAAGCACCUCUACUUGUUCUACUGCUCUCCCUCAAUAAGCUGACUCUGGCUGGAAUCAAUCUUCUCUACAUCUACCAAAACGUCUGAAAUCUAUAUCAUAUCAAUUCGC